AUGGAAGAGGAGGAGGUGGAAGAGGGGGGGGAUUUUAGGGGGGGGGGGGGGGGGGGGGGGGGGGUUGCUGUGGGACACAUUGGUUGUCAUGUCCAGCCAAGUUACGGGCACAUAGGGCGGAGGGAAGGUGGGGGGGGGGGGGGGGGGGGGUGGGGGGGGGGGGGGGGGGGGGGGGGGGGGGGGGGGGGGGGGGGUAAGGGGGGGGGGGGGGGGGGGGGGUGGGGGGGGGGGGGGGGGGGGUAA